AUGUAUCGCCAUAUGCUAUUGAAAGAAAUUAGUAAACCAAGAGUUUGGAGCAGUAGCACCAGAGCAGCUCGGUUUGCGAGACCUGCGAGACUGUUCCAUGCAAGUACCACACUUUGGAACGAACUGAGGGACCCUUACUCCACCCUGGGGGUCUCCAAGACAGCGAGUGCUUCCGAUAUUAAAAAAGCUUACUACAAACUAGCCAAGAAAUAUCACCCUGAUAUCAACAAAGCUACCGAUGCCCAACAGAGAUUUCACGACUUGCAAAACGCCUACGAGAUUCUAUCGGACGACUCGAAAAGACAGCAAUGGGAUCAAUACGGACCGGCUGCCUUUUCUCAAGGCGGACCGGGAGGUCCUGGGGGCGCUGGAGGAGCUGAAGGAUUUGGCGGUUAUGGUGGUUUUGGAGGCGCUGGCGGAUUUGGUGGUGCCCAGGGAUUCGGUGGAGGAUUCGGCGGUAUAAAUUUCGAAGAUUUAUUCGGCGCGGCUUUCGGUGGAGGCCCCGGUGGAUCUACGCGUGGGGGUGGCUCGCGUGGUCGCUCCAUGUACCGUGAAUAUCAAGGAAGCCCCAUUGAGGUCGUGCAACGCAUGUCAUUCAAGGAUGCCGUAUUUGGCGUCAAAAAUGUUCAAUUGAAAUAUAGCGCAUACGACCCUUGCAAGACGUGUGACGGUUCUGGCUUGAAACCAGGAGCCUCUAGAUCUACAUGUUCUACGUGUUCCGGAACCGGUACUCGGGUUCAUGUUCGCGCCGGUUUCCAAAUGGCCUCUACCUGUGAUAGUUGUGGUGGAGAAGGCUCCGUCGUGAAGGAUUCCGAUACCUGUGGCACUUGCCAUGGUGAAGGUGCCACGAUGAAUAAACAGAAUGAGUUGAAAGUUGACCUACCUUCUGGGCUCGAGGAUGGGGACGUCAUUCGUAUCACUGGUAAAGGUUCUUAUCCAAAUAUGCAAGUGGAUCCCGCAAUGAAAGAUACCAUUCGUUUAGUAAGAGGUGAUUUAUUACUACGCGUCCGCGUAGAUAAAGAUCCUCGCUACCAGAUCAAAAAUAAAUACGAUAUUUGGUUUACCCAGGAUAUCGCUAUCACAACAGCUGCCCUUGGCGGUGUGGUAACAAUCCCAUCGGUGGAUGGCGAAGACAUAAGACUCAAAGUUUCACCAGGGACUCAACAUAAAGACGUAGUAUCGAUUCCACAAAAGGGGGUUCCAAGAGGUUCAUUCGGAUCGCGUGGUGACAUGAAGAUAGAAUACCGCGUGGUGAUAAAGAAGCCUCAAUCCCAGGCCGAAAAAUGCCUAUGGGAAGCACUGGCAGAUGUGACUGGCGAUUCUUUAGCCAAAAGAUCUGUGCUUUCUUCGAACUUUCAAAGCGAAGUACUGGGCAAACCUCAAGGUGACAGUCAGACGCAAAGCGAUGGCGGCAAUCCAGAUGCGCCAAGCGCCUUGAAAAAGUUGGAGGACUUUAUAUCCAAUACUUUCAAAAAAAUCAGAGGUGGCAAGAGCUGA